CAGCGGCGACACCGCGACAGCGGCGACAGCGGCGACAUGCGGCUGGGCUGGCUCCGCGCUCUGCCCCGGCGCCUCUGGGGCGGCCCCGCAGCGCCGGAGCUCUGUCGCAGCCUGUGCCAGCGCCCCGCGCGUGUCCCCACCGAGGAUGGCGACAACACCGAGGGGACCCCAAAACCUCGCAGAGCCCCGAGCCGCGGCCCCGCGGAGGGCGACACCUCGGGGGGCGACACUUCGGGGGGCGACACUUCGGAGGGUGCCACCUCGGGGGGCGACAGUUCAGGGGGUGCCACCCCCAAGCCCCCCCUGCGCCGCCUCCGCUCCCGCGGGUCGCACCACGAGCACACCCACGGUGACACCGGCGGCACCGGCGGCCGCACCGACCCCGGGGCCGCGUUCGAGGCGGCGCUGCGGGAGCUGUCCCGGGCCCCGCCGGGCCGCGGGGGCCGCCUGGCGCUGGUGGAGGCGGCGCUGGCGGCGCUGCCCGCGCUGGGGGCCGAGCGCAGCCUGGGCGCCUACAACGCUUUGCUGCGGCUGCUGCCCCGCGGGGCCUGGGUGCCCCGGGGCCCCGUGCAGAGGCUGCUGUUCCCCUUCCCCCGGCAGCAGGAGUGCGGGCUGCGCCUGCUCGAGCAGAUGGAGCGCUACGGUGUGAUGCCAGAUGCAGAGACCCAGUUCCUGCUGCUGGGGGUGUUCGGGCCCCGCAGCCGCCCCAUGCGGAAGCUGCAGCGGAUGCAGUUCUGGCUGCCGCGCCUGCGGCACCUGGACCCCCACCCACAGCCCCCCCGGCCAAUGCCCCCCGGCCUGGAGGCUGCACGGCUGGGGCUGCAGCGCAUGGCCUGCGACCCCGGGGCUGUCAUCAGUGUCAUCCAGGCACCAGUGCCGGACUCAGGGGAGGAUGAAGGCUCCGUCCAGCCCUUCAUCCUCAGCUGUCAGAGCCAGGAUCAGCGGGAGCUCCUGGCCCAGCACGGCCCCGCCCGCCCGGUGUUCGUGGAGGGGCCGUUCCCCCUCUGGCUCCGCGGGACCCUCCUCAAAUACUUCGUGCUGCGGGGGGACCCCCUGCCCCCCCAGCUCAGGGCCUGGAGGGUCAUGGGGGGGUCAUGGACCCCCCCCCGGACCCUGAGCGCAGUUUUUUACUUCCCGCUGCACCUGGAGCUGGAGCUGGAGCGCGGCCCCUGGGACGACGACGACUUCGACGUGGACAGAGUGGAGGAGGGCCCGGUGCUGGCGCUGUGCGUGGCGGGCGGGGCCGAGCGCCGCUCCUUGGCCCGGUGGAUCGCGGCGCUGCAGGAGCAGAACCCGGCCCUGGAAUCCACGCCCGUCAUCUUCCGCCUCAAACCGGGGGCGGACCCGGCAGCCGAACCCCCCCCGAGACCCCGGCUGGGCCAGGGGAGCCCCCCGGGUGCGGGGCUGGAGCCCCCCGAGGGGCGGGAGCCGGGGGGAGAGACCCCCGGAAAGAGUGGGGAAUAAACGGGGUGUGAUGGAGAA